UUCAAUAAUCAGCCUCUCCAUAUCACUUUCCUUCAUUCUGGCACUUAGCUGUGCUCUCACACAUCGACUCCUGAGAAUAUUUCAAUUCCCCAGCUGAGAUUAAUCAUAUUCUUCACAUUUCUUCACAGAUGGAGGUCUGUACAAUGCGAUACACAUGGGCAGCUCUCUGCAUCACCGUGUUAGUGAUGUCAGGUUCAGUGACAUCUAAGGAGGCUUCAGUGACUUAUGAGCUCACCAUGGACAUCACCAACCGCAUCUACAACGACUCUCUGCUCAAGCCUGGCUCUCCUGAUUAUGUGAUAUUGUCCACACAAGUUAGCGGCGCACUCUACUCCAUCUACGGCUGUGUCACUUGUAACACACACUCGUUUUAUCAAAAAGUAUCAGCGAUGACCUUCAGUAAUCAAACUGGAACCGUGCUUGUGAAGGCUACUCUCAUGUUCCAGUCAAACCAAAUCAACGCUGAUGUGAUCAAAGACAUGUUUAUGAAAGCGAUUGCUGGCGAUAAUGAAAUAAACGGCCUUACAGUCAACCCUAAUUUCACACGAGUCAUACCACCAUCCACCCCUGCACCAACUGUCUCCAGCACUUCCCAUCCAAACAAGACUACAAGCACUACUCCAACCACUCGUCCUACAACUCGUCUUACAAUUCAUCCUACAACUAAACACCGCAACGCCGCCUCAUCCUUUAAUCAAAGUCCCAUUACUCUGACUUCAUUUCUCCGCUAUAGUGUUUCAUUCGGCCUGCUUUUCAUCAUCAGCUAUUCUUUUUAAUUUUUUAAAUCUGCCGCUAGAGGUGCCACAACAUAUCUAUAUAAAGACAUACUUUAAUUUUUAAUGUGAAUAAAUCUGAAAUAGUUAUCAUGUUCUCCCUGUGUGGGUUUCCUCUGGGUUCUCCAGUUUCCUCUCACCUAGUAGCCUCCCACUACCCAGUACCUAGUACCCUCCCACUCCCAGUUAGUAAUCUGGCUACGCUAAAUUACAGCUAGGUGUGAAUGACUGUGUGAAUGUGUGUGUGUGUGUGUGUGUGUGUGCACGCAGGGUGCCACGCGAUGAACUGGCAUCCCAUCCAGGAUGUAUUCCAGCUUCACCCAGUGUUCCUUGGAUUGGCUCCGGAUACAGACGAUUAUUGAAUGAAUGAAUGAAUGAAUAAAUGAAAUAUUUAUACUAUUAUUACUACUAUAACUAUUAUACUUAUACAAUUAUACUACUAUAACCUUAUGCUAUAGUGGUAUAAGUAAUGGCAAUAAAUUAUUAUUUUUCUUUUGUGGUGCUUUGCUUUGCUUUUGGUGCUUUAUUUUACAAAAUGUUUAAAAAUCUGAAUCUAUUAAAAUUUAUUCUCUUGUAACAUUGUUUUAAAACAAUGAUGUCACAUGAUUGACUAAAUAGUCUGGAAUGAAAUGCAUAGAAAUGAUCAAUUUAAACAAGUUUGUUGAAAAUUUAUGAGCUUACAACAUAACAUACCAAAAAAUAUAUGAUAUAAUAUAGUUUUGUGUCUUUAUUGUCUUUACAUACUGUGUUCCUGUAUGCUUCUUGCCUAACCUGUUCCAAGUACUGUAAUACAUGCUCAUACCACAGCACUGUUUAAUUCUAGCUUAUGAUCAUUCAGAAGGUGUUGAUUAGUUUUCUAUAACAGCAUGUUUAUCAAUAUUUCUGGUAGAGGUGAAUGAGUGUGUGGAAAUGUGUGUGGUGUCCCAUCCAGGGUGUUUCCUUUCCUCACAUCUAGUGUUCACAGGAUAGGUUCUGAAUCCACUGCAACCACGACCAGGAUAAACUAGUUCCUGAAGAUGAAUGAAUGAAUGAAUGAAUGAAUGAACCCUUAAUUAUCCAAUGAACUACUAAAUAAACAU